AUGACAACACCAAAAGAUAAAAUUCCGUUGUACAUAGCAAAUGAUUUAGAAGAAUUAAAUAAACGCGCAGAAGAUAAUCCAUCACUUCAAAAAGCUAAAUUAUCAACUUGUUCACAGAUAACUCAUAUUAUUGACGCAACAUGGGCGGAAGCAAAAAAAGCAGAAGCAACUAAUGAUGAAGAACGUGCUUAUAUACUUUAUAUGAGAUUAUUUGCAUGUUUUACUGCUCUGAAACAAGCAAAAGAUGUUGCAAAUAAUCAAGUAAAUAGAACCGAUUAA